CUCUUCAAGGAUUCAGGUUUCUGAUUGGUGGAGCGGCGCCUACAGCUAGCCAAUGGGAGUGCUAAGGGCGGGACCUGGAGCUCCUCUUCCUCUUACCUCUGAGCCCAGUGGGUCCUUGAGCACUGAUUGGCGCCUCGGACCCCGCCCUCCCUCCGAUUGGCGGCUCGGGCCCCGCCCACGCCCCGAUUGGCCUCCUGCGCCAGGGGCGGGACGUCUUAAGGAAAUAGCGAAGGUCGAGGAGGCACGGGGUCCUGAACCCUCCGAGGCUGGACGGCCCCCAGCCCCCGGUCUCUCCUCCCCAGAGAUGGCAACCGCCCGACUGGCCCUGGGCCGCGUGCUCCCCGGCUCUUCCAUGCUCUUCCUAUGCGACAUGCAGGAGAAAUUCCGAGGCACCAUCUCCUUCUUCCCCCAGAUCGUGGCCGUGUCAGCCCGCAUGCUCCAGGUGGCCCGGAUGCUGGACAUCCCAGUGAUGCUGACGGAACAGUACCCCAAGGGCCUGGGUCCCACAGUCCCGGAGCUGGGGGCUCAGGAUAUCCAAGCAGUGCCCAAGACGUGCUUCAGCAUGGUGGUGCCUGAAGUGGAGAGGCUGAUGAAGGCCAGGCCCAGCCUGCGGUCGGUGCUGCUGUGUGGCAUCGAGGCCCAAGCCUGUAUUAUGAGCACAGCCCUGGACCUUCUGGAGAGAGGCCUCGAUGUGCACUUGGUGGCUGACGCCUGCUCCUCCCGCAGUCAGGUGGACCGGUUGCUGGCUUUGUCCAGGAUGCGCCAGAGCGGGGUCUUCCUCACCACCAGCGAGUGCCUCAUACUGCAGCUGGUGGGCGAUUCUGCCCAUCCGCGUUUCAAGGAGGUGCAGAAAUUAAUUAGGGAUCCAGCCCCCGAUAGCGGACUGCUUGGCUUGUUCCAGGGCCAGACCCCCCUCCUCAGCUGAACACCCCUAAACCCCCUUCACACACGCAUCCAGUGAACAGCCAGCGUUGGGUCGGCCGCAACACAACCUCCCUACGGGAGCUCCUACUAGUUGAGCUUGGAUCCCCUCUCCAGGGGGCGAAGGGCUCUGUCCUGGGAGGGGGAAAAGCUUCCCCCUUGAGAUGGAACCACCUCCCUCCCCCCAUCUCAGCAGAAAGCACCGGUUCCAUUGGCCGACCA